GGCUCAGAACUGGCUUCGUCGUCGCCAGCCCCACGGCCGCUCUCCAUGGCGGGACCCGAGGCAUAUUAUGGCGCUGUCUACAGCGCCGGCCCGGCGCCGUACAGCAGCCCCAGCGGCGCGGCGGCCGUGUCAGUUGACACGAGAACCGCAGGUGCCCCUGGGCAGAUCUACAUGCCAACACCCAGCUCUCCCGGUCGUUCGGUGGGCGCGGUGGGCUACAGCGGCUACGGCGCGUCUGCGCUGCCGUGUGCAAGCGCGGGCGCGGCUGCGUCCAUCUAUAGCAUGGGCUCCGCACCCGCCGCCAUGCCGGCCACGAUGUCCGGCGGAACGAUCUCCGGCGGUGGCAUGGCAAUGCCGAGCUUAGCCAAUCCGAGCCUUAGCCCUGGGCAAUCCCCGCUGCCCGUGCCCUCGGUGCAGCCUGGGAACCAGCCACAGCUGCAGGUGCCCAAUCGAGAAGUGCUCUAUGGGCCGCCCCCAGCACUGACCUCUGGCUUGCCAGACCCAGCCAGUGUGGAGCGGCAAAAGGAGAACUACUUGACUUCACUGGAGGAGCAGGAGCAGCGCAGCAAUGCCUCGCUGGAGCUGCAACGAAAGCAGCAGUUGGAGUUAAUCCACUCCCAGGCGGAGCAGCAGAAGAAGCGACUCUUCAUGCAGAUUGAUCAGCAGGUGAAGACCCAGGAGAUGGCUCUCACGCAGCAGUACAAUCAGCAGCUCCUGCAGCUGAAUCAGCAGUACCAUCAGCAGAAGGCCGCCCUGGAACAGCAGGCCAUGCAGCUCACCAUGGAGUACCAGCAGCAGAGGAUGCAAGAAGAGAUGGCCAAGAAGCAAGCCGAGCUGCAGAAGGAGCACACAGAGGUCCAGGCGAGAUUUCACCAGGACCUUCAGAAGUUGCAUGGGCCUGGAGUCCCCCAGGAGCCCACAGGAAUGGGUCCCAACAGCGUCUAUGCUGCACCGAUGGCACCACAGGGCGGAGGCUCUUGGGUGCCACCACCCAUGCCGAACGGCGCCUACAUGCCACCCCUGAAUGUGGGUGGCGGCUCCUAUGUGCCGCCCGUGGGUGCGGGAGGUCCUCCUGGAGGCUCCUAUGUGCCUCCACCAGAUCUGCUGCAGGCCAGUGGAGGAGGCUCCUAUGUGCCACCACCGAAUCUGGGUGGAGGCGGAGGUUCCUAUGUGCCUCCGGUGCAAAUGCCCGCAGUGAUGCAGCCCCAGGUGCCGAGCUAUGCCACGAUGCCUGGCAUGGCGGCUCCGCCCACCACCUACGGGCCUGUCCCUUCGGCGUACUCACCGGGGACCAACUAUCCGCCCACAACGGUAAGCGAACCGACCACUUGGGCCGAACGCUGAAACGUGGUCCCGUUCUCUGGUGCGGCGUUUCGCAGGUGCAAGCGCAGUGAACGCCUGAAAUCUCACUCGGCUGCACUGGCGGAGCUGCAGAGCACCGCGAGAUGCGCUUUUCGCGAGCUGCGGAGCAGCCUGUGGGUCGACCGCGCAAAAGAUGUUCUGUCAUCC